AUGGACAAAGGCAUUGAGUGCAACCUCAGUAAAUUUGCUGAUGGCACCGAAGUGUGUGGAAAUGGUGCUCUUGCAGAACAUUCUGAAAAUGUGCAUAUUUCAGGAGUGUCAACGGCUUGUGGAGAUAUUCCAGAACAAAUUCGAUCACCAAGCGGGACAAUCACAAGUCCAGGAUGGCCGUCUGAGUAUCCUGCCCGAAUCAACUGUAGCUGGUACAUCCAUGCAAACCCCGGGGAGAUCAUUACUAUAAGCUUUCAAGAUUUUGAUGUUGAGGGAUCCCGACGAUGCAGCUCAGAUUGGUUAACAAUUGGAAGCUACAAGAAUAUUGAAGGCUAUAGAGCAUGUGGCUCCUCCAUCCCUUCACCAUACAUCUCUUCACAGGAUCAUGUUUGGAUCAGAUUUCAUUCAGAUGAUAGGAUCUCCAGGAAAGGCUUCAGAUUAGCCUACUUUGCUGGGAAAUCUGAUGAACCAAACUGUGAUUGUGACCAGUUUCAUUGUGCUAAUGGGAAGUGCAUUCCAGAAAGCUGGAAAUGUAAUAAUAUGGAUGAAUGUGGAGACAACUCGGAUGAAGAAAUCUGUGCCAAAGCUAGUCCUCCAUCAGCUUCUACCCUUCAAACUUGUGCUUACAAUCAGUUCCAGUGUCUUUCUCGCUUCACCAAGCUUUACACUUGCCUUCCAGAAUCUUCAAAAUGUGAUGGGAACAUUGAUUGUCUUGACCUAGUAGACGAAAUAGACUGUGAAGUGCCAACGUGUGGGCAGUGGUUAAAAUACUUUUACGGUACUUUCAGUUCUCCCAACUAUCCUGACUUUUAUCCACCUGGCAGCAACUGCACCUGGCUGAUAGACACUGGUGACCAUCGCAAAGUAAUUCUGCGAUUCACUGAUUUUAAACUUGAUGGUACAGGCUUUGGAGACUAUGUCAAAAUAUAUGACGGAUUAGAGGAGAAUCCACAGAGGUUGUUGCGUGUGCUAACAGCAUUUGACUCUCAUGCUCCCCUCACAGUUGUUUCAUCCUCAGGACAGAUAAGAGUGCAUUUUUGUGCUGACAAAGUGAAUGCUGCAAGAGGAUUCAAUGCCACCUAUCAAGUAGAUGGCUUCUGUUUGCCCUGGGAAAUCCCUUGUGGUGGAAACUGGGGUUGCUACACAGAGCAGCAACGCUGCGAUGGCUACUGGCACUGUCCAAAUGGAAGGGAUGAAACCAACUGCACCAUGUGCCAAAGAGAUGAAUUUCCCUGCUCUCGAAAUGGAGUUUGCUACCCCCGUUCAGAUCGCUGCAACUACCAGAAUCAUUGCCCCAAUGGUUCAGAUGAAAAAAAUUGUUUCUUCUGUCAGCCAGGAAAUUUUCAUUGUAAAAAUAACCGCUGCGUGUUUGAGAGCUGGGUUUGUGAUUCUCAAGAUGACUGUGGUGAUGGCAGUGAUGAAGAGAAUUGCCCAGUCAUUGUACCCACUAGAGUAAUAACUGCAGCUGUCAUUGGGAGUCUUAUUUGUGGAUUGCUGCUCGUCAUUGCACUGGGAUGUACUUGUAAAUUGUACUCACUCAGGAUGUUUGAGCGAAGAUCUUUUGAAACUCAUUUGUCAAGGGUUGAGGCUGAACUGUUAAGAAGAGAAGCUCCUCCAUCAUAUGGACAGUUAAUUGCUCAAGGUUUAAUUCCACCAGUUGAAGAUUUUCCUGUUUGUUCACCAAAUCAGGCUUCAGUUCUGGAAAACCUGAGACUGGCAGUACGAUCUCAGCUGGGAUUUACCUCAAUCAGACUUCCUAUUGCUGGCAGAUCAAGUAACAUUUGGAAUAGAAUUUUUAAUUUUGCAAGGUCACGUCAUUCUGGAUCACUGGCAUUGGUCUCAGCAGAUGGAGAUGAUGUUGCCAGCCAAAGUACUAGUAGAGAAGCUGAAAGAAAUAAUACUCACAGAAGUCUCUUUUCAGUUGAAUCUGAUGAUACAGACACAGAAAAUGAAAGAAGAGACACAGCAGGAGCAGUUGGUGGUGUUGCUGCCACCUUGCCUCAGAAAGUACCUCCUACAACAGCAAUAGAAGCAACAGUUGGAGCAUGUGGGAGUUCCUCUGCUCAGAGUGGCAGUAGCAGUAACACAGAUGGUGGAAGGGAAGCGACAAGUAUGGAGCCCCCAAGCACAAGUCCCGCACGUCACCAGCUCUCCAGUGCGCUAAGUCGUAUGACUCAAGGCUUACGCUGGGUACGCUUUACUUUAGGGAGAUCAAGUUCAGUCAAUCAGAACCAAAGUCCUUUGAGACAGCUUGAUAAUGGGGUAAGAGAAGAGGAUGAUGAUGUUGAAAUGCUAAUUCCAGUCUCUGAUGUAGCAUCAGACUUUGACAUGAAUGACUGUUCAAGACCUCUACUUGAUCUCAGCUCAGAUCAAGGACCAGGGCUUAGACAGCCUUACAGUGCGACACAUCACGGUGUGAGGUCAUGCAGUCGAGAUGGCCCCUGUGAGAGCUGUGGCAUCGUACACACUGCCCAGAUACCUGACACUUGCUUAGAGGCAACAGUGAAAAAUGAAACUAGUGACGAUGAGGCAUUAUUACUCUGCUAGGUACGGAUUGUUUAGGAAAGAUUGUGUACAAGUUGGAGCAAUAUCUGUCAUUGUUUUGUACUUCACAAUUAAAAUUAGCUUUUAGUUUUAAAAAAUCCAGGACAACAUUAUGUGAAAACUAUUUUAGCCUGUGUGGUUAAUGAAACACUUCUUAUACUGGAUGACGUUGCAGAACUAUUAGAGUGAACAUUUUAAUGGCUCUGAAUACACAAUGUGUGUAUCCAGUAUAAUCUGAUUACUGCUUAAACUGAAGUUAUCCCAGUUAGUUUCAAAUUUAGUUUAUCCUGGUACUGUAGUUCAAACAGAAAACGUGGCUGCUCAAGACUACCUUGGCUGCCUGUUUAACCC